AGUUGAGCGAUCCCGUGGAUGUGUAUUCUGACUGGGUCGACGCUGCCGAAAUGGUGAAACCCGAAGGAGACGGACACGACGAUUCGGAGGAUGAUCAGCUUGAUGAAGAGGGACUAUUUCGUUCUCGGGUCGCGACUGGUGGAAGAUCGCCUGACUACGAGGAGGAUGAUGAUGAUCUCGAAUAA